CCGGCGUCGAAUGACUCGCGUGCCUUUCGCGUACAUUAAAAAACCGCCAAAUUUGAAAUACGCCGACUCUCGGCGCUGGAGCGUCUAUCUUUACCCGCGUUUUCUAUCAUCAAUCGUGAGAUCGCGCCGGACUUAAUUGUACACAUAAAUACCUGAGAGACUCGUUUUUAUUUAUUUCUUAUUAAUAUUUAUUUCGUGUGCCAGGUACUAAUAGUUAAUUAGUGCGUACACUUUAAAGACAAGAAUAGGUGUUUUUAAUUGAUUAAAAUUGUGUUUUUCUUGUGCUUAUGAUGGCAAAUGUGUGUUGUUACAAUUAUGUAAAUGGUAACUGACUCGGUGAUGUUCUAUUGUGAGCCGGAAAAAGGAUUUUUAGAACAAAUAAAAUUAAAACCGAACUGAUAAGGGCAUCGUUUAGCUAAUGGAUUCCGUUGUCGUCUCGACUUAUAAACAUUGGACAACGAAAUUAGUUGAAUUAAAGUCAGUGAAAGUGUAUGAACGUAUUUGAAAAAAAAACACACAAAGUGUGGGUGAAAACGAUGUUACCUCAAUGUGGAAUCAACGAGAAAAAUAUAAGUGCAGCGUUACCUUGGUCUGGAUUGACGUGGGCAUGUAUAAGGAUUCUGCAGCUUUAUGCGAAGGUCUUUGAUCAGGAUAUAAACAAGUUUAAUCCGAAAAAAACCUGUAAAAAUUGCAGAUGUUCGAAAGACGGGCACGAAGUCCAAGCGGAACACGGAGCCCGAUCUCGUCUCGGUUUGGCCGGACACGAGGAUGGGCUCAAUGCCAGAUCUCUUGGAUAUACCUUUGUGCCUCCUGGUCUGACUACUGCCAAGCAGGUGGACCAAUAUUAUUCAACACUGCCGUCCGAAGAAGUGCCUAAACUAGGAUCUAAGGGUGAAACGAUACGAUCACAACGAAUAGUUAAGCAAUUACCUAAGCAAGAUCUAUCAUUAAGCGCUUGUAAAUUUGUAGAACAGGAAUACGCAACUAGCUAUGAGGAUUUCGUGUCGGGUCGCAACCAAGUGGCACUGGACGUGGGCGUGGCGAAAUCGGCACCUCCAAACAGCGUCUGUAAAAGUUGCGAUCGUCCCUGGUCAGCUCAGCAGAUAGUCGUCUCAGCGCCAAGGCUCGGUCAAAUGGUUUGGCAUCCUGGCUGUUUCAAAUGCUCCGAAUGCGACGAUCUGUUGGUCGACUUGGCUUACUGCGUUUACAACGACAAACUCUUUUGCGAAAGGCAUUACGCUGAAAAGAUGAAGCCUCGGUGUGCUGGCUGUGACGAGGUAAGAAUCUUUUUUUGUAAUAGUUGA